AUGGAAGACACUGCAUUUGAGAAAGGCAAAGGAAAGGGAGUAGAAAGUGAAUCAAAGCCUCAAAAAAUCAGAUUCACUCUGACUUCCACAAAGCUACAAGUUUUGGAAAAUAGUAACCAAUAAUUAGUGACAUCCAAGCUCAUUUCAUCCGCUAAGAAAGAAAAUCUCAAGACCUACGGCCCAGUGAGACUCCCAACAAAAAUAUUACGUAUAACAGUCAGAAAAAGCCCUUGUGGAAACGGAACAUCUACAUUUGAUAGACUUGAAAUGAGAAUCCAUAAGCGAGUUGUCACCUUGAUCUGCCCAACUGAUUUCAUUAAGAAGGUGACUGAUUUCAACAUUGACCCUGGCGUAGAAGUCGAGCUACAUUUCACAGAGUUCUAA